AAGGCGUCAGCGGAAGCGGCGCGGUGGGGGGGCGACAAGUUGUUUCCAAUUCGCGCUAAUUUAUAUAUCAAGUGCCCUUUGAAACCUGCGUCUUUUCCAGUGAUGUAGGGCGCCUAUGUAGUGAGUGAGGUUGUGUUUAGAGUACAGCCUGCGUGUGUCGUCUCCUCUGAGGGCGGGGCCAUAUUAUGGGCUGUUAGAGGUGAAAUGGCGCUCGGCGCGGUAUUUUAAACAAUCUCACAGCGUUUCCUGAGCGGAGAAUGUCGCAGUGUCGCAGAGUCUCACUCACCCGCGCAUGAAGGACGGAACAAGAGCGUCCACAUUCCCAGAUCCCGGCUGUGGCAGAGAUUUCGGCAUAGUUGCAGUGUGUGUGUAAAAGCAUGGACGUGGUGUCUCCUGACCUGAACAGCAUCCUCCCUGAUGAGAUCAUGGACACCGAGGCCAUGGCCAUGGAGGAGGACCCUCCUGCUGACACCCUGACUCCGCCCUCUCGUUCAGCCCCCGAGCCGACUCAGGUUCCUAUGGAGACGGAGGUUCCCGAAAUCGUCAACUUGUGUCCCACUACCACGCCGACGCAGAAAACGGAAGCUCUGACCACCCUGACCGCGACAGACUCCACGCUGUGCAGCUUCAGCCCCGGGACUCAGCUUGUCAUCACCUCUUCUUCCUCUGCUGGCCCCAAGAUGGCCACCACCAUGACCACAGUGCAGACCAGUAGUACUGUAGUCGGUCAGAACGUCACCAAGCUAUCGACUCCGUUCACACCCACCAGCCCAGUCAAUCACCAGCUCAUCAUCAACAAAGUGGCGGCGGAUGGAAAGUCUCCUGGUACAGCAGUGCUCAAACAGGAAGGGCAGAAGCUCCUGGUCACAGGUCUGAGUAAAACGGGUCAGCCCAUCGUCUUUGCAUUGCCAAACACCUGGAGCAAACCGGCCACAUCUCAGGGCACAGGGGGAGACAUCAAGCCUCAGCCCACACAGUUCAAAGUGGUCUCAGCUGGAACCAAGCCUGUGAUUGGAGUACAGACUGUGAGCUCAGCCAAUCAGCUGCCGGGAUCCUCUUCCCCUCUACAGGCUCAGCAACUCAAAACUGUACAGAUAACGAAGAAGACGCCUGUCUCCACAGCAGGACCCAUGAUCACCAAGCUGAUCAUCACAAAAGCUCUGAACAACAAGGGCCUGAGCAGCCAAGCCACCAUCACUCCUGUGGUCACAGGACGGGUUCUGACUCAGAGUACACCAGUGACCCCUCCACGGACCAUCACCAUCGGAGAGACCAUCAGCACAACGCCACAGAGUCUCUCCUCCGUCAGCAGCAACAGCAAAGUGGCCAUUUCUCCUCUAAAAUCUCCCAGCAAGGUCACUGUGGCCGCUCAGCCUUCCAACUCCCCCCAGAAACCCAUGGCCGUGCCCCUGAACGUGGCUCUGGGGCAGCAGAUCCUCACUGUGCAGCAGACACCUUCUACUUCACCAGCUAAAGCAGGAAGCAGUUCCACUGCUCAGACGGUGAAGCCUGUCCAAACUGUGACAGUGGGCGGAGUCAACACGCCUCAGUUUAAGACCAUCAUCCCCUUGGCCACACCCUCCAAUGUUCAGCAGAUCCAGGUACCCGGCAGCCGCUUCCAUUACGUGCGCCUGGUCACGGCCACCACUGGGAACACUGCCCAGACGGCCAACUCCAGCACCACCACCAACUCAACCACCAUCCAUUCUGCUAAGCCAAUGGUGAUGAACACGGCUGCAGUGAGGAUGUCCGUUCCCAUCGUUCCUGCUCAGACGGUCAAACAGGUGGUGCCGAAACCGAUGACCUCAGCGGCCCAAGUGGUGAGCAGCAGUCAGACGCAGCAGAGACUCAUCAUGCCGGCUGCUCCACUCCCUCAGAUCCAACCCAAUCUCACCAACCUGCCCCCCGGCACCGUGCUCGCUCCGGCCCCGGGCUCAGGGAACAUGGGCUACGCCGUGCUGCCAGCUCAAUACGUCACACAGCUUCAGCAGUCCACGUUCGUGACUUUGGCGAGCAGCUCGAGUUUCUCUGCCCCGAGCUCCAUCCAGACCCAGGCCAGACUUCCUCUGAAUGGUUUAUCUCCAUCAGACGCGACCUCCCGACCACGGAAGCCGUGUAACUGCACCAAAUCACAGUGCCUGAAACUAUAUUGCGACUGCUUUGCAAACGGAGAAUUUUGCAACAACUGCAACUGUGUGAACUGCUUCAACAACCUUGACCACGAGAGCGAUCGCCUGAAAGCCAUUAAGGCUUGUUUGGACAGAAACCCGGUGGCCUUCAAGCCGAAGAUCGGUAAAGGGAAGGAAGGAGAAUCGGAGAGGAGACACAGCAAAGGCUGCAACUGUAAAAAGUCGGGGUGUUUAAAAAAUUACUGCGAGUGUUAUGAGGCGAAGAUUAUGUGCUCGUCGAUCUGUAAGUGUGUGGGCUGUAAGAACUUUGAGGAGAGUCCUGAGAGGAAGACUCUGAUGCACUUGGCCGAUGCGGCGGAGGUUCGUGUGCAGCAGCAAACUGCAGCUAAAACCAAACUGUCCUCUCAGAUCUCAGACCUUCUGACCAGGACCACACCGACCAUCAGCAGCAGCGGCGGGAAGUUGCCGUACACGUUUGUAACGAAGGAGGUAGCCGAGGCGACGUGUGAUUGUCUGCUGGAGCAGGGGAGGAAGGCGGAGCGUUAUAAUCAGCCCCAGGCGGUGGCAGAGAGACUGAUCCUGGAGGAGUUCGGUCACUGCCUGUGCAGAAUCAUCAGCUCUGCUGCUAAAGCCAAGACAGACUGUUCCAUCAACUGCUAGAACCUUACACACUGUGGUUCUGCUACAGGGGUUAUUGUGGAACUCGUGCUUUUGUACAGAGUGGGACUUUGAUUAGCUGGACGUGCGCACGUGUGUGUGCACGUGCAGAGCUAAAAUGGACACACAGAGACAAACUUUAUUAGAUGAGAACUGCUGCGGCUGUCAGCUUCAUCUGCAUCGCGUGUGUGUGUGUGUGUGUGUGUGUGUGUGUGUGUGUGUGUGUGUGUGUGUGUGUGUGUGUGUGUGUGUUGCUUGUACAGGUCACUUCUGUAGAGGGAAUUGAUUUUAGAAUCAUUUUUAUGCUCGUUAACCUUCUCGUUUUAAACCCACAAUCAUAACGUGAUCUUUUUCCUCCUGUUUUUUUUUCUCCCUCUGUUUUUCUCUCGUCACCUUCUUGCUGUUUAUUUACCGCUAAUACCCUCAGCUCCAUUAAUAAUCAUGACUUAUAUACAGUACGUAGCCUUUACUGUAGCCUCUUCAUAACACAUCAGUAUUUAUUUACUCCUCACCCAAUCUCCUGAGAGGAUUCUCCAUGGAGGCGGAGUCUCGCACCGGCGUCUGCUUUGUACCGACUUCCUGCUGAUGUGAAGGAGGGUUUAAGCAUUAUUACUAAAAAACCCUGUUCAUCUC